AUGGAGGAGAUGAGGAGAACGGCCAGGAGGGUCCGAGGGUGGUCAUUGAACACUGGUGAGAAAAGUGGUGCACGCCUUAUUAUUUCAUGUUCGAGAGCCAGUGAUACUCAUCCUUUUUGCUGAAACCCUUUUUGCUGUAUUUACAGUUGUGUUAAAUGAAAUCCUCCUCAGGUCUCAAAGAGUCAGAUAGGGGAGAGUGGGGUAAGAUGAGCCAUUUUUCAUAUUUCGGAUCACUACAAGGCAAUCAUAGUUUUGUCUCUAACUAGUGUAUCUGCACAUAUUUCAAGAUGUUGUGCAUCACUGCAAACCAACAGAAUGAGUGUAAACAUAACUGUCUUAAUAAUAUAGCAUGCCAAAAAAAGUGGUCUCCUAUGGUCCCGGUGUAUGGGGUAAGUUGACCAUAGGAGCGGGGUAAGUCCUCUAAGUAUUAUUAGUCCUCUAAGCUAAAAUGGUGGGCUGUUAUGUUACGUUUUUGACCUCAUGUUGUCGCUCAUAGAUACCACAAUUGAUGUAUAAAACAAAUUUUAAAAGAUCUUUUUUGGUCUAAACACAAUUCGAAAAAAACUUUCAAGAGUGAAAAAUGUUUUUUUUUUUUUUUAAAUUAACAUUGAACCCAUUUACCCAUGUGCUUCUAACCUCCACAGACUCCAUGAAUUGAUGCCCAUCUCCUAAAUAUUUGGUCACAUGAUCAAUUUCUUUUACCAUUUCCAAGCAACAGGGGGUGGCUCAACUUACCGCACUCUCCCUUACAUUCAUGAUAGGACCCAGCCGUCACAACUAUUUAAAUAUAGUUUUUGAGAAAUCUUUUUCAGCAUUGUCCAUCAGCUGUUAAUACUACCAGGAUAAUUAAAUGGGGCCUUGGAGAAGAAAACAGUCAGGUGUACUGUUCAUAAAUUUUCACUUUAAAAUGACGAAUCUUCUUCUCGUCCGUAAACACUGAAUUCAGUUCUGAUCUGUAUUUACAGUUUCUGCUUUAUCAUUGGAAAUGGGUAACAAGACAAACUGAAAAAACAGCCGGCUGAUCACAGUUUUCUUUGUUAUUGCUGCUAAUGCUAAUGAGGGAGUUCAUACUAGGGGUGGGAGAAAAAAUCUAUUCACAUAAGCGUCGUGAUUUUUUUGUUUUACAAUUUUUAAAUCAAUUUUUAUGUUCAAAAUUUGUUUUUUUUUUUACCCUCAAAUUUAAGAACAAAUCUUAAAAAACUGACUUACAUAGUCAGUAGACAAUCAUAAUUGUUCAACUGUUUCACUGGCGUUAAAAAUGCAGACUAAAAAUGUAGAAAAUCGACAAUAUUGUAGCAUUGCAAAUUAAAUCGAAUUGGCCUCCAAAAAAUCUCUGAAAAAUCGAAUCAGGAGAAAAGCAUCGUCCCAGCCCUAGUUCAUACUUUAAAAAAAAAAACUUCUCUCUGUAUCUUAAAGGCAUUUUCAGAAGUCUAUAUAGCAGUUAAAUCAUAUGCAUCCAUAUACCACAAUAAGAAAUAAGAAGUUUGAGUGCUCACCUCAUGGCUGGUUUGUUAUUUUGGCAGUAAGAGCUGACGAGUGUAUGGGCGUAAUGCCGAGGAGGUGAAAUCUGCCCUCCUGGCUGCCCAGCCUGGACUGAUUGUGGUCCUCAACCCAGAGAAACCUCGCAGGAACAGCUUUGAAAUCUCUCUGCAGGAUGGAGGCAAAGGUGAGGAGGGCAAAUGAGGAAAAUUGAAAAGAUUUCACUUGCUGUUUUUGUAAAAGAUAUAUUGUUCAUGCAUAGAGGGAAACAUACCAAUCCAGUUACCAAUCAAAUUUUUUCACAAGGUUCUAAAUAAGCUUUUUAUCUGUGUUGUUACAUAAGUCAGUAAAUGAAGACGUAUCUGUUAUAACUUGUAAUCUGACUGAAUGUGUCAUCUGUCUUACUAAACCAUGGUUUGAUAUCCAACAGGAGGCUUUGUUUACUAGCGUAAGAUGCGGCAUUAAUAAUAAUAAUCCCCAGUCUUUUCUGUUUUCCAUUAAUCUAAAAUUCUCCUGGACUUGACAGUUGUGCUUACAAUGACAUGUUUACCAUUUGUUUUUUCUCUUAAGAAACAUCACUGUGGACUGGCAUAAAGAAGGGUCCGCCUCGUAAGCUGAAGUUUCCUCAACCGGAUGUUGUAGUUGCUGCUCUACUAGAAGCUCUGAAGGCUGAGUAA